UCUGUUUUUGAUGCUCACAUGAGAACUCAUACGGGUGAAAAGCCGUUUACAUGUGUGAAUUGUGGUAAAUGUUUUAGUCACAAACAGCAUUUAACUAAGCACAUGAUGAUUCACACUGGUGAAAAGCCGUUUUCAUGUGUUAACUGUGGAAAAAGCUUUUGUCAAAAACCGGGUUUAACUCGGCACAUGAGGAUUCACACUGGUGAAAAGCUGUUUUCAUGUGUGACCUGUGGAAAAAGUUUUGGUUAUAAACUGGCUUUAACUCAGCACAUGAUGAUUCACACUGGUGAAAAGCCGUUUUCAUGUGUGACCUGUGGAAAAAGUUUUAUUCGAAAACAGGAUUUAACUCAGCACAUGAGAAUUCACACUGGUGAAAAGCCAUUUUCAUGUGGAAAUUGUGGAAAAAGUUUUUGUCAAAAACAACAUUUAAUUCAGCACAUGAUGAUUCACACAGGUGAAAAGCCGUUUUCAUGUGUGACCUGUGGACAGAGAUUUAGUCGAAAACAGGAUUUUACUCAGCACAUGAUGAUUCACACUGGUGAAAUGCUGUUUUCAUGUGUGACCUGUGGAAAAAGUUUUAUUCGAAAACAUGAUUUAACUAAGCAUAUGAUGAUUCACACUGGUGAAAAGCCGUUUUCAUGUGUUAACUGUGGAAAAAGUUUUAGUCAAAAACAGGCUUUAACUCAGCACAUGAUGAUUCACACAGGUGAAAAGCCGUUUUCAUGUGUGAAUUGUGGAAAAUGUUUUUGUCAAAAACAGGCUUUAACUCAGCACAUGAUGAUUCACACAGGUGAAAAGCCGUUUUCAUGUGUGAACUGUGGAAAAAGCUUUCGUCAAAAACCGGGUUUAACUCAGCACAUGAUGAUUCACACUGGUGAAAAGCUGUUUUCAUGUGUGAACUGUGGAAAAAGUUUUGGUUAUAAACUGGCUUUAACUCGGCACAUGAUGAUUCAUACUGGUGAAAAGCCGUUUUCAUGUGUGAAUUGUGGAAAAAGCUUUCGUCAAAAACCGGGUUUAACUCAGCACAUGAUGAUUCACACUGGUGAAAAGCUGUUUUCAUGUGUGAACUGUGGAAAAAGUUUUGGUUAUAAACUGGCUUUAACUCGGCACAUGAUGAUUCAUACUGGUGAAAAGCCGUUUUCAUGUGUGACCUGUGGAAAAAGUUUUAUUCGAAAACAGGAUUUAACUCAGCACACGAUGAUUCACACUGGUGAAAAGCCGUUUUCAUGUGGAAAUUGUGGAAAAAGUUUUUGUCAAAAACAAAAUUUAAUUCGGCACAUGAGGAUUCACACUGGUGAAAAG